AAUUAUAUCCAUAAAUUAGACCGGUUUAGCAAGUUUCUUCAAGCUUGUGCUGUUACGAAAAGAUAAACAGUUCGGUUUUYCUCCUCUUUUAAGCCUUUUUUCUAUCCUUUUCUACACUACCAUUUAAGUGGAGCCGUAACUGAGCUGCAGUUAUCAAUGGAUAGUGCAGAUAAUCUGCUUUACCUGAUUGAAGAGAUCAGAACCAAAGUAACUGGUCUGGAGAAGGCUGUAGAUGACAUCCAUCAUGUGAAGAAGAGCCUUAAAGGAGCUUCAUCUGAUGUCAAAGCACAGAUCCGUGAUAGCAUCAGCCGACACCUGGAAGCUCUGAGGAACAGAGAGAUAUGGCUCUUAAGUCAGGUAGAACUGAUCCAACAAGGAAAAGAAGAACUUCUUCUCCAAAAGCAGACGGAGAUCAUUGACAUGGUUGGUGGUCUGAAAAAAGUGUGUGCUCUACUUGAACAGAGUGUGGAAGAGGAGAAACUUGGUGAAGUGGAAGCAUUUGAGGCACAGCUGAGUGAGUUGUUAACAUCUGUGGAGAGGAUGAACAUCAGUCCUGAAGAAACAUCGAACAUCUGUUUCAAAGCUCACAACCUAGAGCUGCUUGAAUCCAUCAGGGGAUUUGGCCAUAUUGAAGGUGAAGMUUCUCAUCUUGCCWCRCUGUUGAAUGGAAUAAGUUUGGAAGGUGGCAAUUCCACUUCACCAAGUAACAAACGGAAGUUCUUUACUCCUUCGGGACCAAUGGAGAACUGGCUGCUGCAAGGGCACAGGUUCCAGGAGAACCAGUCCAUUCCAGCUACUGCAGUAUCAGUAGAAAAAUGGCUGAACAAGUGUAAAUCUUUCACUGAGUCCGAGCAGGAGGUUGCUAGUGAAAUGGGAGGUUCUGUCAAGAGCUUUGAUCUAUCAGAGCUUAAGUGGACUCUUUCUGCUGAAACCAACAACUCCCCUUCUGGACGAGACACUUUUGGUGGCUAUUUUGAAGAGGUUAAGAAAUCAACUCUUAAAGACUGGAUCAAGGUCUACCCUAAACUUCCUGAACAGCCAAAAUCAAGGCUGAUUGGAGAAACCUACUCAAAGAUUGUGGCCAUGGGGAAUGAAAAUUGGCUUUUCUUUAAGCAGGAAAAGAGCAACCAGAGGAAUUUCCCUGAAAACCUUGGCAAGAUCCACAGGCAGGAAGGCUCCAAUCUAGAAUGGUUGAGAAGAUCCAAAUCAUAUGAAUACCUCCCUCAAACAAGCACUGGCAAGGCUUUCACCAACAUUGCAAACACAAGCAUGGAUCAGUGGCUACAGCCAAAGGUGUCCUCAUUGAUCUCUGAGCAGCUGAAGUGUAAUAAUAAGUCUUCUUGUGCUGAUUGUGAAUGUGCCAGUACAAAGGAUGGCAGUUUGGAUUACUCUGACUCAAUGAGUGAUGCUGAUUGGCUCAAAGUCAAAGAAGAGGAUGUUGUGUCUAUUGAGAAUCUGGAUUCAAUCUUCAGAUUCAAAAGUAAGAAGAGUGCAGAUGAAGAUGGUAACUGGUUGGUAACAUCGUCAAUCAAACCGCGCCCUACUGAGGAAGACAGGUCAGGAAUCAAGAAGUAUGGCCAGAUGCUUCAAGCGCAAGCCAUUGAAGACUGGGUAAGUAGUACAAGAAUGACRAACAGGGGUAAAGAAAAUGUGCAGCCAAACUUCAUGCAAGGCUUCCUGGAAUGCCUACCAAAUGAUUACAAUGAGUGGUUGUCCAAGCCAACAACCAACAGUUUGAGUGCCGACACUUGUAAAUGGCUUGCCCGAAGUUCCUUGGAUCGCUGUAAGAAUUGCCCAAAGAUGUGCUCAAAGGGACUAUUCACUCUGUUUGACGAAAUGAAAGAUGCAAGUAAUGAUGGUUGGUUAAAGAAAACCAAUAAUCAAAAAAUUCAAUAUUUUACGAUGAUUCCUCCUAAUGCCUCACUCGUUAAGUACGAUAACCCGGUUCUGGUAAGCAGAAACACCGAUAAGAAGUCUCCAAGGGCUCGUUCACUCAAGGUCAGUCAACAGCAGGGACCGGCUAAUGGAGCUGGGCCUGUCCGUCAACCACCAAGAGCAAGCAAGCUACCUCCAAUGGAUACUCAGAAAAACCAACAAACAGACGAGAUCUUGAAUGCUAUUCUACCCCCCAGAGAGUGGACAGAAAAUGGUCAACUAUGGGUGCAGCAAGUAUCCAGUACACCAGCAACAAGACUGGAUGUUGUUAAUCUACAGGAACAACUAGAUAUGCGUCUCCAGCAGCGUCAGGCCAGGGAAACAGGAAUAUGUCCUGUAAGAAGAGAGUUGUACUCACAGUGUUUUGAUGAACUUAUCCGUCAAGUAACCAUUAACUGUGCAGAACGUGGACUUCUCCUUUUAAGAGUGCGAGAUGAAAUCCGUAUGACCAUAGCUGCAUAUCAAACUCUCUACGAAAGCAGUGUUGCAUUUGGAAUGAGAAAAGCUCUUCAAGCUGAACAAGGAAAGGCAGACAUGGAAGGAAAGAUAAAUGAGCUUGAAAAUGACAAACGUGAGCUUGAGCGUCAAGUGAAUGAACUGAAGGCCAAGUGUGAUGCCAUUGAAAAACGCGAGGCUGAGAGACGGGCUAUAGAGGAAAAGAAACAUGCUGAAGAGAUCCAGUUCCUUAAAAGAACCAAUCAACAGCUCAAGACUCAGCUUGAGGGAAUAAUUGCUCCAACAAAGAAAUAAUUCCCAACAACUGCAUUCAUUAUUAUAUUCUAGUGUUCUGAAGAUAUUAUUCUAUGUUUAACUGUGAUUUGAUAUGGUGUUCUAGUUGUUCCAUCRUAAGUAGAGCUUUUUUGAAAUGCUUACUGUUUUUGUACAUUAACCCUCUUGUAUUUACAACUAAUUCAGCUGUGUAYAUAUAAUGUGCUAUAACGUCUUUCAUGUUCUUUCUCUUAUUUGAGCCAUUAAAAUCAAUAAUUUAUUAUGA